UCUAGAAAGAAUAAAGAAAUUAACUCUCAUCGUCGAUGCAUGACUUUUUAGAACACCAUUUAAAUGACGUUAUUAAUACGUAACAUUUGAAAAGAGACAAUCUCGAGCGUCAAGGAUUGUCAAAAAUGUCGAGGUCUUCAUAAGCUAUUAUACGAGCUAUUAUAAGUAAGCAAAAUGGAUUGCUUAAAGUUACUGGAAACUCUUGAUAUAUUCGGCUGCACCGGUAUUUGCAUAAGUACCGAAAGCUCGCAGCUGCUGCAGAAUUCGCUGCUCAUUUUGCAGACGGAAAAUCACUUUCGAAAAUGUUACUAUUGGGGCAGGAUCAAUGGGAUACAAAACGACUAUCACGUCGCGUACGGUUACGAAAAGGAUUGCAUGAACGGUCAGGUAUAUUAUUACAGCACAGAUGGUAUGAAUUGGCUACUGCUGCCAAAAGCGACGAAAUGCGGACGAUUUCUGAGCCCCUUGGCGAUUAAUAAGUUCGAAGGUGAUCCAUCCAUCGUCACGAACGUUUACGACGUCAAUCCACCGUUUCCGCCAAAUGAGGAUCCUAAGACUUAUUACGAGGAUCCUAUGCCGAAGGAAUUGAAGGAAGAGGAUCGUCUCGCGGCCACCGUGGAAUCGAUUACCGAGGAUGCUGCGAUCAUUCCGCGAGGGGCCUGGUUCAAGUGCCCGAACGGCGAUGUGAUCGAGAAUUCGAGUUUCGGCGGCCUGCGCGAGGUGGACGCCGCGAAUCUGAAAUCCUAUUUGCACGCCCGUCCCCCGAAGCAGAAGUGGAACGUGAAUUUGUCGUCCCGGUCCGAUUACAAUUACGCGCUGGACUUUUUGGACAGCACAGACAUGGACGUUCCUCAGGAAUGUUGGAAUCUGCAGUUUCUCUUGGGCGGUCGUCUGGCCGUUGUGCAUAGCUUGUAUUGGCACGGAAUGACUUUCUUCCACAAGUUGAACUCUCCUCAUCAUGGAUUUUUAUACGUUGGACACGGAAAGAAGAAUCUAGAUCUUCCGUUCAUGAUCUGAUGCGAGAUACACAAACGAUUGUGCGAGAUUACAUAAAUUGUUACGGGGAAACGGCAUUAAUAUAAUAAAUGAUGAUGCUAUAUAAUUCAAAUUCCAAACGUAAAUGUAUAAUAUAGAAACGACGUCAUUUCGGUCAUUUAGUUUAUUUUAAUGCAAUAUGUCCGUAAAGCGAAGCAACGCGAUGAGUUGCAAGAGCGAAACCAUCCGGUUGAACGAUCGGUUAAUCGAUACGCGCGUCGAUGUAAUUCGUAACGCUAUUGUCCUUAAUGUCCGUUCCCGUCACAAGAAUCCGUUGUUCGCUCGCAUUCCUGCGUGUAUUUAUUUGUGUCCGCUUUCGGCGACGUCCUCGACUUCGCGACAAUGUUAAAUUUCGUGCUUCCUGCUGAACGCGUGUG